AUGGUUGUGCGAAAGGGCCGUGAUCUACUACGCAAGAUAAAAGGCCAUUUCAAACAGCCCGAGCCAAUCCAGUUUUUUUCUUUUCUCACCAAUUUACCCCCGGAACUAGUACACGCGAUUACCACUUUCUUGGAGACACCAGAAUUCUGCUCCCUGCGCCUAACCUGUAGAAAAAUCUAUGCGAGCACACGAGGUUAUUUCAGACUGCAAGACCUCUCCCAGAAUCCAGAUCUAGCACCUCUAGUCCAAAAAUUAGUCGUGAAAGGACGACCAGAAGAUGAUGAUUUCUUCGGGCAAGGAAUUGUGUGGGAGCGACAACACCCAUCUGGUCAUGGUCAUCUUUCCAUCCCGCAAAAAGGAAUCCAGCAGUGGCAAGAUGUGCUCCGGCGUUUGGUCCACUGCAAGUCUUUCCAAUUAUAUCGCAACGAGUCAUAUGAGAUCGAUAACACGGGUGGUCUCCUGACGGCCGGUGAUGCACUCACACUGAUCCUCGGCAUUAUCAUUGAGAUACAAAUACCAGUGGUGGCAUUUUCAGUGGAUUUCCAGCACGGCUUAGCAGUAGAUUUCAUUCACAUAGGACGGAUCAAUACCAGUGCUGUGCGGAGACCAGAGUUCAUCACUACAUGGUCCGGUGUCCAGGAGCUCAGUCUCAAUCCUACACUGCAGCCUGCAACCACCGCCGACUGGGUGUUCCAGUUCGUCCAACACACGAGGAGUCUUCGGAAGCUGCAGAUCGAUUUCGGCCUUGGUGAUGAAACAGCUUCCUUUAUGCACCGGUUGCCGUAUGCGGAGUUACCAUUUCACCUACAAGAGGUCACGCUCGGGAGUAUGUCACAGAUUUCUGGGGAAUCCCUCGCGCAGUCUCUCAUGCGCUUCCUGUGUCGGUAUUGUGACAGCCUCCGCAGGAUCUAUCUCAAGGCUAUUUUCCUGGAAGAAGGAGACUGCGUUGCCGUUCUCAGGUGUCUACGUGAAUCCGAAUUCUCCGCACUCGAGGAAAUCAACCUUUUCCACCUGAGAGACGGAGAUAAAGGUCUUCAUUUCCCGGGAGUAUCGGAAAACUCUAUUGUUGAUGAGGAACAAGGCACGGAGUUUACUCAUUUCUCUGUGAAAAAGCGUGGAGGGAGGAGGAAUAUUGGUGUUUGUUACUCGGAUGCGAAGAUGGAUGUUGCACUCCGGAAACUUGUGGAUUGGGCGCAAUUCUAUUGA